GAGAGCGGGAUGACGACAGCGCGUAAAGCAGCAAUCAGUGUGUUUAGAGUCCGGCACCAGAGCACCAGCACCGGCACCGGAGCACCGGCACCGGCACCACAACACCGGCACCGGAGCACCGGAGCACCGGCACCGGCCACACAUUCACAUCGUUCUGUCUCAUCGUCACAAGUCAUCAGUUAUAGAAAGUGACAAACGAGACAGAUGAGUUGAGAAAAUGUCCACGACGCUAAACCAGAGUCUUUCCACGGACACGAACGACAAGACCGACAGGCACGUGCGACUGCUGCUGUUCGGUUUGUGCGUAACGAUCGCCGCCGCUACGUUAGUGGGAGGUUUGUACUCGCUGGUCUCUCUGCUGAGGAGCUGGAGGAAGAACCCACUGUGCGUGAUCGUGGCGUCCAUGUCUGUGGAUGACCUGCUGAGUGUGGCUCCUCUGUCCAUGUUCCUGCUGCUUCAGUGGGAGACGGACGGAGCAGAUGAUGGAGGAGGAGGAGGAGGAGGAGGAAGAGGAAGAGGCUCCAGCCGCUUGUGCACCGUGUCCGGACUCCUGUACGUGUUCCAGGGUGUGUCCAGUCACAUGAAGGCUUGUCUCAUAGCAGCUUAUACUUUCUAUGUGUCCAGAAAGUUCGGCGUGUUCGGGUCAGUGCGCACACCCGUGGCAGUGACGUGGGCAGUCGUGGGUGUGUGGUCAGUGAGUCUGAGCGUCAGUGUCCUUCCUCUGUGUGGAUGGGGAACUUUCACUCCACUCACUCUCGGCUGUUUCCCAGACACCAGCGGCGUCUACGUCAUGUUGCUUUUCUCUUUAUAUUCUCUCAGUUUCUGCGGGUUGUUGAUUUUCUUCGUCCCGCUCACGCACGAGCUUCUGUGCUCGACCGAGCCUCACAGGAUUCUACUGUCCCCGGCCUGUGUGGACAUGUCGAGGGGACACGGCGCCUCUGCGCACUCUUGUCCCCGGGACAGCGUCGCCAAAAGUUUCGGCGCGUACAACGAACUAAGCCCGAGCUCGUGCGCGACGGAGCGGAGAGGGACAGAGGACAGCGGUCUGUCCCCGGACAGUGUGAGAGGGACAGAGGACAGCGGUAUGUCCCCGGACAGCGUGAGAGGGACAGAGGACAGCGGUCUGUCCCCGGACAGUGUGAGAGGGACAGAGGACAGCGGUCUGUCCCCGGACAGCGUGAGAGGACAGAGGACAGCUGCAGUGACGCACGCGCCGCGGCUGUUUGCGCAGAAGCGCUUCUCCAUGAUCGUGGCGCUGCUCAGAGUUGUGUUGUGGAUGCCGAUGAUGACUGUGGUUGUGCUGCGUCACACAGUGAAAACACAAAGCUCUUCUGUGGAGACGCUGAGCUUCUUUCUUACUCUGCUCGCUCCCGCGCUCACUCCUGUGUUCCUGUUGUCUCAGCGCUGGAUCCACAUGCCGUGCGGCUGCUUCAUUAACUGCAAACAGGAUCCACAUCAGCAGUCGUCAGUCAUGAAGAGAAGACUGGACAUCCGUCUGUCCUUCCAUCAGAACUGUGGCGUGUACAAGUUGUCUCAUCACAGUCUGUGUCUGCAGAAGCCUGACUGUUACACGCUCUUUAACUGCCACCCUCUUCAUUCACACCUUGAUACACUACAACGUGGUUCUGGUCUGGCACCGGGUCUGGACUUCAGUACCACGUGUCCAGCUGACAGUUCGUCUCGUGCAGAACUUCUGCUGGACGCAGCAGAGACCGUGUCCGACCUCUGCCCGGACGUCCGUUGUGUCCACGUGUUUCCUCCUCAUCAGCGGGAGCGCGAGGACACUGACGUGUCCUCUGUGUUUGACGGGCCGGACAGGAGAGUGUCCCACGAGGACUGUGGAACCAUGCAGCUGACGGACUGGGAGUGGUGUCGCAGUAAAUCAGAGAGAACGUCCAGACAGCGGUCUUCAGGCGGUCUGUCCGUCCCCCUAUGUGCCUUCCAGGGAACCAUAUCUCUGCAGGCACCAACAGGAAAGACUCUGUCUCUGUCCACCUAUGAGGUCAGCAGUGAUGGACUCACAAUCUGUCCAAACAGCACCAAGAAGGUGGAAGUUUAUCGCUCCAAAUCAGUGGGUCAUGAGCCCAGAGCAGAUGAUCCAGUCAGCAGCAGCAGCGAGGUGGACACCAAUGUCAAGAUCCACCUGGAGGUUCUGGAGAUCUGUGACAAUGAGGAGGCCAUGGACAGCGUCUCCAUCAUCUCCAACAUCAGCCAGUCGUCCACACACGCACGCUCGCCAUCGCUGCGUUACUCGCGGAGGGAAAACCGCUUCAUCUCCUGUGACCUGGCUGAAAGUGCUUCUUACUCGCUGCUCAUCCCCACCAGUGGAAAUCCUGACACGGAGACCAUGAGCAUCACCAUCCCCGACACUGUGGAAGCUCACCGGCACAACAGCCGACGCCAGACGCGCCACACGUCAGGAUAUCACGAAGAGAUUCAGAUGAUCAACGAGGCCUACGACAAGCAAUCUGAAGACAGGAAAGAGUGACAAACGCUCUCUGACUCUCUGACCCUCUGACCACAAACUGUGCAAACAUCAUCACUUUUAAUCCCACUUUAAUCUGCAGAUUAUAUCACUGUUAGAAAUGUUUCCAUCAUUAUUCAUUCACUCAUUCAUUCAUGUGCUUGUACAGUUGUUUUCCUAAAAUAAAUGAAUGCCCAUGUGUUUGAAUCA